AUGGUGGCCUACGAAUUUCCGUUUCUAGAGGAAGUCUACACCCCCGCAGAGCAACCGAAGAUCGACUUCGUUUUCGUCCACGGGCUCAAUCCUCGAGGUCGCGUCGACCAUGCCUUCCACACCUGGACACACGAGAAUGGAACUUUCUGGCCGCGGGAUUAUCUCCCUCAAGAUAUCCCACAGGCCCGCGUGUUCAUCUACGGAUACAACUCGAACGUCACCAACCCCCAGUCAAUGUCAAAUGCGAGCGUGAAAGACCAUGCCAAUACACUGCUGAACCUGUUGGAUCUCGAACGGAGUCCACAAGUGAACGCGCGGCCUCCAAAGAUCAUCUUCAUCGGACAUAGCUUGGGCGGGUUGGUGAUUAAACAGGCUUUACUUAAUGCCCAGGAAGACCCGAAGUACACGUCUAUCCGCACCGGGACAUAUGGCCUCGUUUUCUUCAGCACCCCGCAUCAUGGCACCAAAGGCGUCGAGCUGGGCAAGAUAGCAGCCAAGGUUGCCAAGUUUGUGUCCAAGGGCCACGCCAGUAACGACCUUCUCGAUUGCCUGGAACACAACUCCCUGUUCACCAGACAGAUGAGUAGUCGAUUCUGCCACCAACUGGAGGACUACCGAGUGCUCAGUUUCAUCGAAGGAAAAGAGGUGCUAUUCGGUGGCACUGGUCCGGCUUCUGUUAGUCAUCUGGUGGUAGACGAAGAGUCCGCCGUUCUUGGUCUGCCCGGAAACCGCGAAACGCGCCUGAAGCUAGACGCAGAUCAUUCCCAAAUGUGCAAAGUCGGCAGUCGAGGGGCGAUGUACAAGUUGAUCAAAGGCAACAUCAAACAGAUCGCCGAUCAGCUCCUUGUCACUGAACAGGGUUAUAUUCCACAGCCUUCACAAACUCCGCGGCCCGCACCAAUGUUGCCGCCGCGGCAUACUAAUAGUAGCGCUCCAUACCCGCCUCCAGGUAUAACAUCGCAGCCUACGGCACAGCGAGUGGUCGGGUCUCUUUACACUCCGAUUGAUAACGAUCCACGGUCCGUCCAAGCUGCCGAGCAUAAGAACAACUGGAAGUGGGACGAGGCGAGGAAGAUCGAGUACGCCAUCUUCCAGGAACAUUUGCAUACCCUGGGUGCGGAUCAUCAUAGCACAUUACAGGUCGGAUAUAAUCUAGCGGAAAUCGACCAUGAAUCAGGAUACAUCGGUAAGGCAGCCGAGUGGUGCCAAUGGGUUUCAAACAACAGCCAGCGCGUGUUUGACAAGCGCCACCCACUUGCGAUGAAAGCCGAAAGCCUGAUGGGCGAGAUCCUGGUGUCUCAGGGAAAGCAGCAAGAGGGCGAGUCCGUGUGCGCCAACGUCCUCGCCCGACAGCAGAUGACUAUCGGGGAAGAUGACCUCGACACGCUGGAAACGCGCCGUCGGCUGGCGAACGCAUAUAGCUCCGUCGGCAGACGGGAGGAAGGUAUCGCCACAGCCAAAAGACGCACCGAGAGCCUCAAAAAAUUGCUGGGCGAGAAUCAUAUCAAGACAUAUGCCUCCGUGCUUGACACCAUCGAACUGGUCAUUGCUAAGCUCACGAGCAAUACCACCGAGUUGGCUAUAGCUCGUUUUCAAGCGGGCACAGACGAAAUAGUGAACGUCACCCUCGAGGCUUCCCGCGAGUUGAACAAUUUAUUGGGCCCUCGGAAUCCGCUCUCGAUCCGAAGUCUCCGGUUACUCGGAGCGUCUCAGGUAUUUGCGGGCAGCGGAAUAACGGAACCUUCUGAGACGUUAAGACGAGCACUCGCCACUGCUGAAGAAUUCCUAGGCCCUGACAACCCCGAGACCAUCCAAAUCGUCAUUUACAUGGGUUUGAUGUAUGCAAAGCAGGAUGGAGCGUAUAGCUUCACAGCCUCGCAACAAAACGUCGAACUAGCCUUGCCUUGGUUCCGACGAUAUCUGGACUGGGCCCGGAGCAGGGAUGUUCUGAGCAGUCCCGAUCCACUGACAGUCCUGAGUUUACUAGGCAAUAUGUACAUGACCAGGCGUGAAUACCAACAGGCACAGAACUACUACGAGCAACUCGUUGGCGCAUGCAAAAAGGCGAGUGUACCGGUUCCAGAUGGUGUGGAGGAGAUGCUGCAGCUGUGUCGAAUGAAUACGAGGAUCAUGUCGCCCUACAGAUCUUCAGCAGGGUACGAAUCACUCCUGUCUGCGUUUAAGCGAUUAUAA